GGAGGAGCGGCGCCGGGUCCCAGGCGGCGCGGUCGCUGUCGGGGCCGCCGGUGACGUGGCGGGGCGGGGCCUGCGCGGCGGGGGCGGCGGCGCGACCGAGCAUCCUGGUGCCGCGGCCGCGAGGCUGUCGUCCGCACGGGCGCGAGGGAGCCGUUGGCCAUGGAAUCCAGGGAGAGCACGGAGUCCACCUACCAGUUCAUGGCCGAGGCCAACCGGUCGCGGGAGGAUGAGGAGAGCGUGGUGCCCCGGGGGGCCACGGAGAGCAUGCAGCUGAAGCAGGAGAUCUCGCUGCUGAACGGGGUCAGCCUGGUGGUGGGCAACAUGAUCGGCUCGGGGAUCUUUGUCUCGCCCAAGGGCGUGCUGGUGCACACCGCCUCCUUCGGGCUGUCGCUGGUGGUCUGGGCCAUCGGCGGGCUCUUCUCGGUGGUGGGCGCCCUCUGCUACGCGGAGCUGGGGACCACCAUCACCAAGUCCGGGGCCAGCUACGCGUACAUCCUGGAGGCCUUCGGCGGCUUCAUCGCCUUCAUCCGCCUGUGGGCCUCCCUGCUCAUCGUGGAGCCCACCAGCCAGGCCAUCAUCGCCAUCACCUUUGCCAACUACAUCAUCCAGCCCUCCUUCCCCACCUGCGAGCCCCCUUACCUGGCCUGCCGUCUGCUCGCUGCCGCUUGCAUAUGUCUGCUGACAUUUGUGAACUGUGCCUACGUCAAAUGGGGCACCCGGGUGCAGGAUGCAUUCACGUACGCGAAGGUCCUGGCGCUCAUUGCCAUCAUUGUCAUGGGCCUGGUGAAACUGUGCCAGGGACACUCUGAGCACUUUCAGGACGCCUUUGAGGGUUCCUCCUGGGACAUGGGAAACCUCUCUCUCGCCCACUACUCUGCCCUCUUCUCUUACUCAGGUUGGGACACCCUUAAUUUUGUAACAGAAGAAAUCAAAAACCCAGAAAGAAAUUUGCCCCUGGCCAUCGGGAUUUCUAUGCCAAUUGUGACGCUCAUCUACAUUCUGACCAACGUGGCCUAUUACACAGUGCUGAGCAUUUCAGACGUCCUGGACAGUGACGCCGUGGCCGUGACGUUUGCUGACCGGACAUUUGGGAUGUUCAGCUGGACCAUCCCCAUCGCUGUCGCCCUGUCCUGCUUCGGGGGCCUCAAUGCGUCCAUCCUUGCUUCAUCAAGGUUGUUCUUCGUGGGCUCCCGAGAGGGCCACCUCCCAGACCUUCUGUCCAUGAUCCACAUCGAGCGUUUUACACCCAUCCCUGCGUUACUGUUCAAUUGCACAAUGUCACUCAUCUACCUCACUGUGGAGGAUGUUUUCCUGCUCAUCAACUACUUCAGCUUCAGCUACUGGUUUUUUGUGGGCCUCUCUGUUGCUGGACAGCUCUACCUUCGUUGGAAGGAGCCCGAUCGGCCCCGGCCUCUCAAGCUGAGCCUGUUUUUCCCCAUCGUGUUCUGCAUAUGCUCCUUGUUUCUGGUGAUUGUGCCCCUCUUUGGUGACACCAUCAAUUCCUUCAUUGGCAUUGGGAUCUCCCUCUCCGGAAUCCCCGUCUACUUCCUGGGCGUUUACCUGCCAGAAUCCCGGAGGCCACGCUUUGUCCGGAAUAUCCUGGCUGCUAUCACCGAAGUCACCCAGAAGAUUUGCUUUUGCGUCCUGACUGAGCUAGAUGUAGCUGAAGAGACAAAGGUCGAGAGGAAAACUGACUAGAGGCCAGAGGUGAAGUCCCCUGAGGCCUGGAAGGCUUUACGUGUGGCCGCAGUCACCAAAGGCCAGAUGACAAGACUGUGGACCCAGCUCUCUUGUACUAAAGGAGCCUGUUGGCACACAUUAUGUAAGGGGGUUGAGGGCUGAUGGCCUUCUCAGGUGAUCACUCUCGUUGGUAAGCUAUGGAAGACGAUGGAGUGUGGGGCCAGUCUAACUGUGGGCACGGGGGAGGGCUGGGGAAUGGUGGUUGAGUUUGUUCCUGCUGGGUGGUGUAGCCCUCAGACACUUGGUGAGUUGCACAGGGGGAAGAGGGAGUGCUAGCUAGGUUAGCCGUGGCUGGUGGUUUCUAAACUUGGUACUUGAGGUUUGGACCAGGAGUCUCUACAAAGGAGCUGCUUUAAUGACAAGUUUUCCUCUGACCAGGUCCAGGCACCUGACUUUAGAGGCUGGAAAUGCUACCAUUUCUCUCUCUGGUUCAAAAUCCUUCCCUGGGGGAAAUGGUUGUACUCCACUAUUUAUUUAUAUUAUUUAAUCCAGAACACCAAUUCUAGAUGAAUUCUGGUAUUCAUCUACAGGAUGCAAUAGAUCGUUUAUAAAUGCAAAAUACCCAAAGCUGAGUCCCUCUGUCCUCAGAGGUGUCUCUACGUGAUGGUGGGUCAGACUCUGACUGCAGAUUUUUUUUGGCUUGGUUUUAGCACAAUCUUCAUAUUGAGUGUUACCUGCAAAGAUCUUUUGAUUUUUUUUUACUCAUGUGCCGAUUACACUUUAGUAUAUACACAGGUCACAUCACAAGCACCUGGCUCAGGUUCAGCAAGGACACAUGAACAAAUCCACGAGCCAGAAAUCUGGCACUAUUGUUGUUUUGAAGGAUAAUCCUUUAUUUUCCUUAAGAGCUUGUCUGUGUUCUAGAUGAUAAAGUAAACCUCUGGGUUUCUGGUACGAACUUUAAGAUAGAAACUUCUCGUUCAGGUAGGUCACCUGAAUUCUUUCAGCUGUCAAUGUCUCAUGGACUCACGCCACCAAAUAGCUUGUUCCACUCGCUAAGGGUCGGUGUCGCAAGCCCUCCUAGGUGCUAGACGUGGUCAUUUCUCUUCUGAAAACCUCACACCAGGCCGCACCCUCUUGUCCCCAACACCAGGCUUUGUUUACACUGAGCCGCCUUGGUGUGGAUCAUGGGGACAAUGCACUCCUUUCCUGCCUGCCUCCUGGGGCGAGGUCUGGUGGGGCUUCCGUCUCAGGAAGACCUUGGUACUCGUGGGAACUUUUUUCCCAUGGAGACAGUGAAGACUCUGGGGAAAAAGCUGCUUUAAAAUGUCUGGCUCCUCAGCAGACUGCAUGAUUGGAAAUAACCAAUUCUGGUGCUCAGGCUGCUCUUUAUCACCCAGGCCAGCCAGAGCACGGCUGGCCCGGUGGACACUCCUUCGUGGGCAGCUUGGCCGCACAGGACUGUACAGCUCUCCUGGGAUAACCUCAGACCCAAUCAUCCUGGGCCCAGAACCUGCUGGCUUGGCACACGCUGUAGGCUUCUUGUCCUUACAUUUUGGAACUGACCAAUGGUAAAGAAGUAUGAGACAAUCUCCCUAAACUGGCUCAUCUCAGACAAGGGUGUAACCUUGGUCAUACCUGCUCAAUAAAAACAAUUUAAGGGAGCAUGCUCACAAUUGCUUUUGGUUCAGGGCAAGCGUCUGUGAGAACAUAGGGGGCCAUUCCUACUAUCUUGGGAUGGGGAUUUGCACCGCAAAUUCCUGUCUACAGCAGGGAGUCCAUACAAAGGGUGACUUGCCUAGACUAUGUACAUGUGACUCUUGUCUGAGCCACGCUGGCACCUGCCCCAGGGAUCCUUCAGAGCUAACCCUUUAAGGGCAGUGCGCUUGCCUUGAGGACCCGAGGCAGGCUUUGGCUUCCUCCAUUCACGCAAAUGACCAGCUCAUUCCAGGAACUUGCUGUUUCCCAGCGGCUCCUGGGAAAACAAGGGCCUCAAUACUCCGGGAGCCCUAACACUGACUUAGUGAGCCAUGUCGUCCUCCUCCACCACCAGUGGAUGGUGACCGCAUUCUUCCCCUCUGUGCUGCGUACAGACUUCCUAGAAACCUUCCUGUGGGAGAGAAGCCAGACUUCCUCCACUCAAGCUUUGUGGUGGAAUUAAUUUCCACGAGGUUUUUCUUUAUCAGCCUCAUUUCUCCUGGUAUGCUAAUCCCUUUCGCACUGGGUACAGUUUGUGAAGUUGUUAAGUCCUUUAAUGUUGGCAAACUUUAAUGAGCACAUAAAUAGCAAUGAACACAUUAUACUGGUACAGAGUGUUCUUUAAUCCUUCGUUUACGCCUAUAGACUACUGUAAGAUUACUAAUUUUGAUGUACAUUGAAGCUGCUGACUCUUACUUGUGACAAUGAAUUGUAUCUUUGUAGAUAGGUGGGAAACCAAUAGUCUGUUGGUUUUAUAGCCACAAGAGUAGAGCUCGAGUACACACACACAUACAAUUUAAUCAUUUUGUCAGGUUUAACAACUCUGUGUAAAUAAAAACCAAUGUAGGUAAAGACUUGCAAAAUAAUGGCUUUAGGCAGGAUGGGAAAGUAGGUGCUUAUGAAAUCUUAAAAGAUGUGGGAAGACACAUCCCUGUGUACUUCAUCUUCCCAUGUGAUAGUGAGUCUGCCAUGGGGCAAGAGAGCACGUCUUAAGAAGAAGGUUCUGGGUACUGAUUGCCCUAUACCGGCGCGUCCAGCACAGCAGCUACUAGCCACAUGUAGCUAGUCAAAUGAAAUAAAACUGAAAAUUCCUCAGUCACACUAAUCACAUUAAAAGUGCUCAGCCACAUGUGGCUAGUGGCUACUACUGCACAGUGAAUGUUACAUUAGAUGACUAAAUGCCAACUCAGUCUGAGUUAAGGCAUCAGUGCUUUGGAAGGGGUAGGGGCAGAGAUGUAAAUCCUGG